CUGAAAAAUGUGACAAUAUUUAUCUUUUUUCUGUGAAGAUAUUGCGCAUAUUCCGUGUUCAACCGCCAUGUCAUGGUUGCGCGUCAAGUUUCUGCUCCUGGUCUCCAGGCUGCUCCCCUCCCCUCGUCAGGGUAUUCCGUCCUCCCCAGGGCAUCUCGCCAUGGCAGAGCAAUCUCCUUUGCGCGGAGGCCGCGGACCGCGUGCCGCCGUAUGACCCUGCUUGUCCGGGUAGCCCUUGCGGUCCUUUUGUGCAAUAUCAUAUUGACACCCAUCUUCUGGCCUUCGUACACGCACCUUCCACCGUGCUAUGAGAACCUCAGGAGAAUAGCCUCAACCCCCGGCACCCCCGGACGAGGCAACCCUCACAAUGAAAAGGUAUUCAUUGCCGCAAUCUUAUACGACCGCACCGGCGAGCUCGCCAGCGGCCAAUGGGGCGACGCACUCGUACAGCUGAUCGACCUCCUCGGGCAAGACAACGUCUUCCUCAGCCUGUAUGAAAACAACAGCGGGAAAAAGGGCCAGCAAGCCCUCGAGGCCCUCUCGCAGCGGAUCCCAAGCAACAAGUCCAUCGUGGUCGACGUCGACGAGCACUCCACGUUCGACGCCUUCCCCCGCGUCACGCUCCCCAACGGAGAGAAACGCAUCAAGCGGAUCGACUACCUAGCUACACUACGGAACCGCGCUCUUCGCCCCCUCGACGAGCAGAACCACAUCAAGUACGACAUACUCCUCUACCUCAACGACGUCUACUUCAACCCAGUUGAAGCCCUCCAGCUCCUCUUCUGCACAAACGCUCAUCCCCCGCGGACGACCCCCGCCUACCGCGCCGCCUGCGCCGUGGACUUCAGCAACCCCUUCAAGUUCUACGAUAGCUAUGCCACCCGCGACCUGGCAGGCUACGGCAUUGGCCUCCCGUUCUUCCCCUGGUUCACAACAGCAGGGCACGGACGGAGUCGGGAAGACGUACUAGCGGGCCGGGACGCAGUGCGUGUGCGCAGCUGCUGGGGCGGAAUGGUCGCGUUCGAUGCGUGGUAUUUCCAGAAGGAAAAUCCGGUGCGGUUCCGCGCUGAUGACGAGGUAUUCUGGGAUGCGUCGGAGUGUUGUCUUGUGCAUGCGGAUGUGCAGGAUGCGCCGGGGGAUGUAGACGAGAUUGAGGACACGGGACGGUUUGAGCGGUUGUAUGUGCGUGUGCAUGAUCUGCUGAACCGGGCUGUUGGGCUGCCGUGGUAUAGUCCGCGGAGGAAGGAGGUGCCUGGAUCACAGGUGCAGCGGGAGGUCUGGAGUGGCGGCUCGUUCCGGAUGGUCGGGGUUACUGCUGGGAAUGAUGGGUUCUGUGGCCGACGGGGUAUGGAGGUGGUUGUAGAGGAUAGGAGAGCCGGUCAGGAUGGUUUCGAAGCUGUAACUCUCCCUUCUCAAUAACAUUAUAUACACGAUUUUUAGAAUGAAGAUGUAUGAGGGACUUUGGUCCACUCCCUGCACCGACCAAACACCG